AGCCGUGGGCCUGGUGCAGCAGCGGCAGAUGCGCAGCAGCUUCAGGGGAGACGUUCGCUAUGGCUGAGACCCACAGCUUACAGGACCUCCAGCAGCCAGCUGUCUCCUCCAAGGUGUUUAUCCAGAGAGACUACAGCUCAGGAACCAUAUGCAGGUUCCAGACCAAGUUCCCCUCUGAACUGGAGUCGAGGCUCGAUAAGCAGCAGUUUGAGGAGACGAUCCAGACUCUGAACAACCUGUAUGCAGAGGCAGAGAAACUCGGGGGCAAGUCGUAUUUGGAGGGCUGCCUGGCUUGUCUAACAGCUUACACCAUCUUCCUCUGUAUGGAGACACACUAUGAAAAGGUGCUAAAGAAGAUUGCCAGAUACAUUAAAGAUCAGAAUGAGAAGAUAUAUGCUCCCAGGGGCUUGCUGCUGACCGACCCCAUAGAGAGAGGCCUCAGAGUUGUUGAAGUCACCAUCUUUGAAGACAGAAGUAUUGGCUCUGGAAGAUAAAACAAACUUGGGGCUGAUGACUCUCACCAGAUAUUCUUCAUCUAUCUGACAGCACAUAUUCAAACUUCUGUUCCACCUGAAUUCUGUAUAUAAUUUUAUUCGGAUCCUUUUACUCUGUUAUUUAUAAGUACUCAACUGUCUGCCUAUCCUUAUGCAUUUGUAAAUGUGUUUUCAUGUCUUUUUAUACACAAGGCAAUGAAUAAAUCAGGACCUAGUUGAUCAAGACCAGUCUUUAUGAUUGGUGCCAUUGUGUCAAAUGCCACUUUUUGACCACGAUAAUUGAGUGAUUUGAUGUGUGUACCGUAUUGCAAAUGAUGUAAAGUCAAAUAAUGUGUAGCCGCCAAGAAUUUGGAUUGAAACUGGGUGGAUCGAAGAUGUUGGCACAGUGUGUAAACCGUAUGGGUAGUUCUCAACAGUGUUACCAUGAUGGUUGUGGCCUUUGUUGAGGCAAACGUUUUCUUCUCUGUGCAUGAAUGUGACCUUUUUUUUGGGGGGGAAUCAUAUUUUGUUGGAAAUUUUUGUGACUUCUAAGAUGAAGCAUGUUUACCGUUUAAAAAGUGCAUCACAAAACAACAACAUGACUUCGCACAUUUCAAGAAAUGUCUCUCUCUCUUCUGUAACACGACAAGUGCACUAAAUCUCCCAAAUCAUGUUUAGCAGUCCUGCUACAUGUUUAUCCAAAAGUUUACUAUCCAUGUUGCAAAUGCCAUCCCUGUUCUUCCUCAUCGCCAAACAUCACAGAAACUGUAAACCCUCCACAGAUGAUUGUUGUAGGUGGUGUUUGAUACAACUGGUCUUCUUUUCUUACAAUUACUGUUAUGUUUUAUCUAAAUAAAUAGUCGUUUCCUGAAA